GCCGGGCGGUGCGCACGCGCGCUGGCCCCCGGAGGCGUCUGGGGGUGCGGAGCGCGCGCGCGCGGCUCGGAGCGCACCUGUGAGGCGGCCCCCGAGGAGCGGGCGGCGGGGCGCGCGGAGCCCGCGGCCUGGGGCGCUUCCACCGCGCACUUGGAGGCCGGGCGGGAAGCGCGCGCGGGGCAUGAGGGACCCCCGGCGCCCCCCGCGCGCGACGCCGCCGCCGGACGCCUCCAUUGUCUGACCGCGACCCGGGCCGGAGCCUCGCGCAGGAGUCAUUGGGCCAAGUCCCCCGAAGAGCAGUUUUCCCAGGACAGCGGAGAACAGCGCUCUGUGACUCCGUGUCAGGGGACAAAGCGGCGAAGCAAGGGUUUUGGGGCCACCGGCAAUCUGCACGUCACGUUUGGGGAAGUGCAAGUCCAGGCCGCCAUUGGGAAGCUUAAGCUCACUUUCUCGAGGUGGACCGGUCGCUCGGCGUCUCCUGUGCUCCCAGGCUGGCUGUCUGCCUUCUGGCUCUGAAGGAGGCUCCACCUGAGGCUGCUCUCCGCUGGCUGGCAUGUGACUUGUAAGGAUUUGACUGCCUUGAAGGACCUGCAGGUUCAAGAGACGCAUCCUUCUGGAAGAUAAGAGAGCUGCUUCCUCAAGAUUAAGGAAAGGAGGCCGGAGUGGACCGUGUGGACUCUGGGGAUGGAGCCGCGUGUCUGCCUCCGUGGAGCCGGCACCCUGGGGCUGUCCGACGCGUGGCCGGCCCCGUGUCCCUGACCCUGACCCCGCUGCCAGCGCACAGCAGUUCCCCCUUCACCGCAGGAACCCGGGAAGUGAGAGGCACAGCCUUGUUCUACGGGAGGAAGAUUCUGGGGGCUGAAAUUACAAAGGUUUGCACCUUGGCGGCCCCUUGGAAUGUUGACAGCUCAGGACCUGCCAGAGAGUGGUGUGUUACUGAGUCACAGAGUCCAUGGCAGUGACAGUCACUUUAUGGUCAGUGGGAAUACUGGGUGAGGGACAUUAUGCAGGAGGAAGCCUUCCUGAGAGAGACAGGCAGGGAGAAACGGGGGCUGACCCCGAGCCUACCCAGUAGAGCCCGCCUGAGGCAGACUGCCGGCAGGGCGCACUGAGAGACUUUCCAGGUAGCAGCCCUGUCGCUAGAGUAGUUGUAAGGGAAUUUUCUCCUGAAUCUCGAUACCAAAUAGGAAAGAUGAUCUACAAAUGCCCCAUGUGUCGGGAGUUUUUCUCUGAGAGGGCAGACCUCUUCAUGCACCAGAAGACCCACACUGCUGAGAAGCCCCACAAAUGUGACAAGUGUGACAAGGGUUUCUUUCAUAUAUCAGAGCUCCACGUCCAUUGGAGGGACCACACGGGCGAGAAGGUCUAUAAAUGUGAGGAUUGCGGGAAGGAUUUUAGUACCACCACAAAGCUUAAUAGGCACAAGAAAAUCCACACGGUGGAAAAGCCCUAUAAAUGUUACGAGUGUGGCAAAGCCUUCAAUUGGAGCUCACAUCUUCAAAUUCACAUGCGAGUCCACACAGGCGAGAAGCCCUAUGUGUGCAGUGAGUGUGGAAGGGGCUUUAGUAACAGCUCCAACCUCUGCAUGCACCAGAGAGUGCACACGGGAGAGAAGCCCUUUAAAUGUGAAGAGUGUGGGAAGGCCUUCCGGCACACUUCCAGCCUCUGCAUGCACCAGCGGGUGCACACCGGAGAGAAACCCUAUAAGUGUUACGAGUGUGGGAAGGCCUUCAGCCAGAGCUCGAGCCUGUGCAUCCACCAGAGGGUGCACACCGGGGAGAAGCCCUAUCGCUGUUGUGGCUGCGGGAAGGCCUUCAGCCAGAGCUCGAGCCUGUGCAUCCACCAGAGGGUGCACACGGGGGAGAAGCCCUUCAAAUGUGACGAGUGUGGGAAGGCCUUCAGCCAGAGCACCAGCCUCUGCAUCCACCAGAGGGUGCACACCAAGGAGAGAAACCAUCUCAAAAUAUCAGUUAUAUAAAGCGUUUUUGCUCAGAGUUAAAAUCCUGAAACCCAUAAGUGCCACUAGGAAGGAAACCCUGUAAAUACCUGCAUUGACCCGAGAAAUUUUUACAGCCAGCCCAGCAGGACACUCUGUUUGAAGAGGCGUAUGUGAGGUGGAUUCUUUCUUUUUUUCUUUUCUUUUUUAAUUCAUGCCAAGUAUGUUCCACUUGAGUCUGAAUCUGGAAUCCCUCUGACUGUCUCCCCGAGACAGGCUGUGAGGCCCGGGUGCACAUGCGUUUCUCGGGCUUCUGGCUUGAUGCCUUGGUAGUGGAAUGACUACACGAGAGCCCAGACGGUUGCCCGGCCCUGCGGGCACGUUGGCUGCGCAUGGCGUGGGCAGUUCCCCAGACACCCCCGCAAGAGCUCAUGCCCUUCCUUCCUUUUGAUGCAAGCAUACUGGUCACUGGUCACUGCGUUUGGACACGGAUGCUCUACUCCUCCGUGCUUCCGUGCUUCUGACGGGACCUCUGGGUCCUGCCCGGCUCGAGUCCCACAGAGCCGUUCUUCCUGAAGCCAUUUUACCUCUCUGUCCUCAAGUACCCAUAAGUCUCCAUCCUUCCUAGAUGGCAUUAAAUUUCAUCUUAGAUCUUAGUAACUCAUAGUUUCCGUUCACUUGUCCUGCGAGAGUGACCUUGGCAGGCAUAGGUGCCCUUGAACUUUCCUUCAACUUGUUUUAAAAUUCCAUGGAUCAGCUAAUCACUGUCUCUGUGUGCCAGAAUUGAGUGACUACAUCACCUAUUUUUAACUUGAAAAUUUUUUUUGGAAAUAGCUGAAUGUAAAUAGAGAGGAAGAGGCGAGCGAGCUCAGCGCCCUCUUCGUGCAGGGGCUCCGCGAGCUUCCGUGUCCCCGGCAGAGCCCGCCCGAGCCGGGGUGGUCAGUUUUGGCCUCUGGGGUUGCAGGUAGUGCCGCAAGGAGGCCUCACCCCCCACCCCACCCCCCGGAGGACAGCCGUCUCGCUUGGCGGGCACAAGUCUGUGGUGAAUCUGUCAUCGUCCUUUUCUUUCCUCAUUCAUUCAACCAAGACUCAUUGAGCGCCGCCUCCACGCGGGCGCCGUGCCUGGUGCUGGGAACACAGAGGCAGGCGGGCAGGGCCCUGCUUCCGCGGGGGAGACGGAGCGUGAGAAGGAAACCGAUCCAUGACGUAGUUUGAGGUAGUGAUUAAGUGCUAUGAAGAAAAUAAACUAGGGUGGUGGUGUAGAGUGGUGGGGGGUGGGGGGCAGUGUUAGCUAGCGGUCAGGGAAGGCCUUUCUGAGGGCGCAGAGCAGCCCAGGCACGGCCGCUGCGAAGAGGGAGGCAGUGGGCAGGUGCCGAGGUGCCCAGCUGCCUCCUUGCACCGCCCCGCCCCUCCCUUUUUUCUUUUUUUUCUUUCUUUCUUUCUUUUUUUUUUUUUGCUAGAUUAAUACUAAAAGCUCAUGUGAAGGAACUCAAGGAAUGUUUAGAAGACCAAAAGUCCCCGAUGACAAGAACAAAAAGCAACUAACUUUUGACUCUGUUUCUCCUUUCGUUCCUGUCUUCAUUGAUUCCCACAUGUAGCCCUUUGCUCAGGAAGUCUUUGGGGGAAUCAAGGAUCUUUGAAGCUCUGAAAGGGGCUGUUGGGUUAGUAUCUGUCCGCGUCAGAGUGGGAAUAAGCUGCCCAGAAUCGCCAUCCGAGUACUGAGACUAAGCUUGAUUUUCGCUUCAUACGUGGAUCGAUUUCUUCUGUGUGAUUGGAAGGGGUGUUUGUGUGGCUGAACCCCCCUCCCGCAGGCAAAGGGGAUUUCAGAGGCCCACACAGUUCCCAGGGUGGCCACUCAGCGAGGUGGGAUUUGGGGGGCCGCGUCAGUGCCAGUCGAGACCCCAGAGACUGACCUGUCCCCGGUGGCCUUGUUCUGUGCAAAAACCCCUUCCAGGCCUGAACUCCUCAAGCCCCAUGUACUGUCGUGUCUUAACACCCAUGUCCUGUAGCGCGGAGCGUUAGAGAGAGCCUGGACUCGUAGUUGGUAGAGAGCCCAUGGGAAUAUCACGGAUAGAAUUUUAGUUUUAGGAAGAAUCGGUUUGAUUUCUAGAUUUCUGACUAUUAGGUACGUGAGCUUGGCAGGCCGCCUAGCCCGGGAGCCUGGCUCCCCCUCAGGACGAGGCGGCCGGCGGCCGAGCUCUCGGCUAGUCCUAGAGUUCUAUAUUUCUACAUAGUUGAAUUAUUUUAUCACGCUGUUCUGGGGGGACCGACUAACACUUCUGAAGCUACUAAUCUUAUGUCGAGCUUUAAAGUCCAUGAUUGUUACCUUUGGAAAAUAUUAUUUGACCUACAGUAUGUCCAAAUCAAUUUAAUAAAAUCACUUUAUAACAGGG